GCGGGGUCGGGGGGUGGUGGGAAAGGAUCCGGCCGUUUCGGGAUCCCGCGGCCUGGUGUUCACAGGGAUGCUGAGCCUGGCGCCCAGCACUGCUUUAAUAUGCAGUUUGUGAAGUGUGGAUAUGCAGGCUCCAAUUUUCCAGAACACAUCUUUCCAGCUUUGGUUGGAAGACCAAUAAUAAGAUCAACUGCCAAAGUGGGAAACAUUGAAAUCAAGAAUAACAAAAAGAUGGAUCUUAUGGUUGGUGAUGAAGCAAGUGAAUUGCGUUCCAUGCUGGAAGUUAACUACCCAAUGGAGAAUGGCAUAGUCCGGAACUGGGAUGAUAUGAAACACCUCUGGGACUAUACAUUUGGACCAGAAAAACUUAACAUUGACACAAAAAACUGUAAAAUAUUACUCACAGAACCACCGAUGAAUCCAACAAAAAACAGGGAGAAGAUUGUAGAGGUAAUGUUUGAGACUUACCAGUUUUCUGGAGUAUAUGUAGCCAUUCAGGCUGUCCUUACUUUGUAUGCCCAAGGUUUAUUGACUGGUGUUGUUGUGGACUCUGGAGAUGGUGUAACUCAUAUUUGCCCCGUGUAUGAAGGUUUCUCUCUUCCUCAUCUCACCAGAAGACUAGACAUUGCUGGGAGAGAUAUUACCAGAUACCUUAUCAAGCUGCUGUUACUGAGGGGCUAUGCCUUCAACCAUUCUGCUGAUUUUGAGACUGUUCGAAUGAUCAAGGAAAAGUUAUGUUAUGUGGGAUACAACAUAGAACAGGAACAGAAAUUGGCAUUGGAGACCACAGUAUUAGUUGAGUCUUAUACGCUCCCAGAUGGCAGGAUUAUCAAAGUUGGUGGUGAACGAUUUGAGGCACCAGAAGCCUUGUUUCAGCCUCAUUUAAUCAAUGUAGAGGGGGUUGGUGUUGCUGAAUUGCUGUUUAACACCAUCCAGGCUGCUGACAUUGACACCAGGUCUGAAUUCUAUAAGCACAUUGUGCUGUCUGGAGGUUCCACUAUGUACCCUGGGCUGCCUUCACGGUUGGAACGUGAACUUAAACAGCUGUACCUGGAGCGAGUUCUCAAAGGAGACGUGGAAAAACUUUCUAAAUUUAAGAUCCGAAUUGAAGAUCCACCUCGUCGAAAGCACAUGGUAUUCUUAGGUGGUGCAGUUCUAGCAGACAUCAUGAAAGACAAAGACAACUUCUGGAUGACCCGACAAGAAUACCAAGAAAAGGGAGUGCGUGUGCUGGAGAAGCUUGGUGUGACUGUUCGAUAAAGCUCAGUGCUUAUUCCUGUCACAUGUUUAAAGCUUUUUUUUUCUCCCCCCCCCCACCCCCUUUCAUUGCCAAUCUGAACUCACUCAGCUACAUGACAUGGGAAAACCUGUCUAUGGUCUUUGACCCAAAGGUCAGGUUUUGUUCUGGUUUCUUGGGGUAGCUGUUGUUUAAUGUUUCUUAAUGUGGCUAAAUUUGCCUAUUUAAAUUGACCAUUUCCCUGCAAACAGAACAGAGCAAGAGUGGCCUGUCUUCCUCAUUGUUCCCUCCCAGUAGGCACUUGGGUAAUUUGGUAGGCUUUUCCGGCAAGGUUUAUUGUUGUAAUACUGCUAAGCUUUUGUGUCUAGCUCCCUGAGGGUGGUGUGCCUUUUUAACAUAAGAAAACUUUUGAGCCUCAGCUUUUACCACCUGUUAUUCUCAUGAUUACCUUUUGUAUCUUUUGGCCUUCAUCUAUGUUGGCAUUUCUUUACCACAGUUAGAAAUUUUGAUUUAAACACACAGCUUAAGCAGCCAAGUGAGUACAUUUGGAUGUUCUAUAUGCAUUAGCCUUCUAAACUGGCUAACAUUUACUUGGAACUAUUUAAACUAAGUGACUUAAUAGAUCAGGGUUUUCAGGCUGACCUUUUUUUCUUGAAAAGCGAAUAGUUAAUCAGUUCUUACCACAAAAUAAACAUUAAGAAAUCUUGAACAUUUUGACAAAUUCAGAUUUGUGGCCUUCCAGUUGUUCACAGCUGUGUUGCUUUUUUGCAGUGGAAUGCUCGGAGUCAAUUUAAUUUGCAAAUUCUUUUCUUUUUUUUACAGUUAAGUUUUGGUACCAUCCUGUAUCUCUAUAUAGAGGGCAAGGAUUGUUAAAUUACUGCCUAACAAAUUUAAAUGAUGAGCUGGGACUGGAGCCUCCAAAGCCUUUCUUUUUUGAUAGAUGGACAUGUUAAAAAAAUGCUUGUGAAAAUUGUAAUUAUAUGUGACAUUAAAACCCCAACAAAGUUAUAGAAGUUUGACAUUUCUGUAAGUGCUUUUGUGUAUAUCACAACUUAGCAAGUACAUUAACGUGGUGCCAAGUAGUUAUUGCAAAUUAAUCUUUCAUGUUACUGACCAGUGUUUGUUAAAACAAAGAGAUAUUUAUAAACAGCCACCCGGCAGUAGGUUAUAAAGAAUUACCUAUAUUUGUUGCAGUUAAAAAUAACAUUGGAAUACGAGACUUGUGGCUAUUUACCAACUAGUAACAAUUCAAUCUGUCCGGUUUUUUUUUUUUGCGCUAUUUCUGUGGAAUUGGGAAGGAAGCAAAACCAGUGUUGGGAAGUCUUUCUAAAAAAGCACAUUAAAGCUGAGUUCUACUGAAAAAUAGGUGGUGUCACUGGUCAUCAACAGCCAUCUCGUUUGGGUUUAGUUACCAGUAUCUUUUUAUUUGUAAACAGAAAUAUUGGUAACAUCUUCAGAAUAAAAUCUGUCACCUCAAUGUGAAGUGUAGCAAAAACUGCUUGCAUAUCUGCAUGCCAAUCAGAUAGAUAGUUAAUUUUGCUUCACUCUUCGUGGAACUAACACAUUAGGUAUUUUCUUCCUUAUCACAUUUGAGGAAAAGAUAGCUACAAUCUAUUUAAAAAAUAGGAACUAGACUUUCAGAGUUCAGUAUGCAUUCUAUUGGCAUGCAUCUCAGUAGUACACAUCUUUUGAUAUCAAUAUUUUGCCCUCAAACCUUCCUUUUAAUUUUAGAGACUUUUCUUUCAUAAGUUGAUGGCAAAACCUUCCUUUUGGCUUAGAGGACUAAUAUGCAGAAGGCAUAACGUCUGCAUUUCUUUUAAUGCUAAGAUAGUCGCUGAACUACUGUUAGUAAUGACCAUUUAAUUAUAGGAGGGUGUUUUUUCAGCAAUAUUUACCCUCAGCUUGAACAAUAUGAAUUUAUAGGCAUGCUGGUCAUGCCUCAAAGCAUACCUUUAAACAGUCGCUAGACUUCUGGGGACAAGAAUGUAAGGGGUACUCUGAAUUCCUAUAGUUUUCUGUAAACUCAGUACACAAAAAAUCCUUUAGAAAUGCUAUACAGCAGACAGUAGUAGAGGACUUGCUUUUAGAACAAAUUAGCAGCAAUGGCUUCUCAUGUGGUGUAUGUUUCUGGGCUUGUGGACACAGUGUUGGGAACCAUGGGAAUAAACCAAAGAAUGACAUAAGGACUUUCCUUUUUAGAAUGACAAUCUGUCAUCUGACUUCACAAAUAUAGGGCCUGACCCUGCAAUCCUUUCAGGAUCUGACCCUUGCACUGGAGUACUUACAGUAUCGUGAGCAUGAGACGAGUGAGAGGCCACUUGAUUGUGCGGUAACUUGGGUUUCUGUGGAAACUCAGCAUAAUUAUUUAAAAGAAAAUCUUUAAUACUUUAAAUGAUUGCUACCCUGGAUAUGAAAGACUGCUCUUACCAACUUACCAUUGGGUAAUGUCUGUGUUGAACGAGUGUUCCAGUUGCUCUGGGUGAUCCUCCUAUCCUGUGUGGGCUGUCAGUUUGGACCUUUCCUAUUGCUGCAAAAGCGAUCUGGUUUUAAACCUUUUUGAAGACCAAAUGCUCAAAUUUGCAAUAUGCUUCAGCUCCCAUUAAAGUUGCCUCUGCAGUUGUGAGAGUUCUUGGGAACAUCCUAUUUUUAAACUUAACCUGCUUUGAAAAUGCAAUGUUUUAGGAUGUUAACCUAUGUAGUAACACAAAUGGCUUUUUAUAUAGUUCUGAGCAGUGUUAAAAACAAACAAAACACACAAUGCCAUAUGAGAGUUCAUGAAUGGAAACACCAUUAAAUUGACAGGUCUUUUCAAUUACGAAAAAAUAAAAUCACAUUUUUCAAGGUG